AUGACCGGAAAUGAAACACGGGUUGUCUCCGUCCAGCGACUGAACCAAGGACCGGGAGACCGGUCUCUGGCUGAGUGGUGGGCGGACGAACGCAAGAACGAAACGCCUGAAUCCAAGGCUAUCGAAGAGGCGGCUCAGAUCCUUCGCUCUAGUGAUGUCCCCGUUGCAUUCCCAACAGAGACGGUAUAUGGCCUUGGUGCCGAUGCAACUCGUAGCGCUGCCGUUCAGGGGAUUUACCGCGCGAAGCAGCGGCCUUCUGAUAACCCGUUGAUCGUUCACGUUGAUUCUCUGUCCAUGCUGAAUCGUCUUCUCAACCCGGAAAACCCAGUCAGCCCUAGCGCAACCAAGACACGGCGCGUCUCUAUCCCCGCGAUCUACAGUCCCCUCAUCGAUCGUUUCUGGCCGGGCCCGUUGACAAUCAUUCUCCCCAAUCCCUCUGGAUCUGAGCUGGCUCCAGAGGUCACCUCGAACUUGACCACUUUUGGCGCGCGUAUGCCGGCUUCGCCUUUGGCGCGUCUGCUCAUCCACGCGACGGGACGUCCGCUCGCCGCGCCUUCGGCUAAUGCGUCGACCAAGCCUUCUCCUACAACUGCGCAGCAUGUUUAUCAUGAUCUGCAUGGCCGUAUUGAGCUCGUACUUGAUGGCGGCCCGUCCGGCGUGGGUGUCGAGAGUACUGUUGUAGACGGACUAUGCGACACACCGGCCAUCUUACGCCCAGGCGGCAUCGGCAUUGAAGAGCUGCGCGAGUGCGCAGGCUGGGAGAACGUCACAUUAGCCUACAACGACGGAAAGCUGGAUGUGAAGGAAAUCCCCCGCGCCCCCGGCAUGAAGUACCGCCAUUACUCGCCGAAAGCUCGUGUCGUUCUCUUCGAAGCGGGGUCAAACCCGGCCGGUGUGACUCGUCACGUACAGAAUGAUCUACAUGACACUGCCAUCCACGCGCACAACAUCGGCAUCGUGCGUACCCGCCUCUGGAAGCAGGGAUUGGGCCUUGCAUCCGACAGUCUCCUGGCCGAGGGUCUUAAGCCUGUCGACGCCGCCAUUGAGAACCUGCUUAGCUUCCCUCUGCCAGUGCAGGAGACUGGCAGCCCGACUCGGCGGACCAAGUUAGCCUACGAUUACCACCUCGGCUCCGACACAGUCUCUAUUGCACACGGACUCUUUGCUGCGCUGCGCGCGCUAGAUGAGUGCGACGUCGACGUGAUCUACGUGGAGGGGAUAUCCGACAAAGACGGCGACUUGGCAGCGGCAGUCAUGAAUCGGUUACGGAAAGCGGCCGGAACGGAGAUGAAGGCUUAG